AUGUUCAUCCACUACACAGGGCCGACCUCUGAGAAGCAGGCUGGCGUGCGUGGCGCCAUCAACGCCGCGGUGGCAGCGAAUGCGAGUUUGAAGCGCCGACGCCGCAGGCACGACGCGCAGAGCACAGACGAGAAACGAGGCCCCGGCGACGCUGGGGAUGCUCUGGGCUGGUUGAACGACCGGCCGCUAAUCGUCCUCCAGCCCCAGAGGCAGGAGGGGGCUGCGGGGGUCCAGGAGGAACUAAUCGCGGAUGCUACGGAGGAAGACUCCAGUGAGAGCACUCUGCCCACCACCCAGCUGCAGGAGGUCUUGGACGAGGAGUUUUAUUUGUGGGAUGGAACCAUCCAGCGGUAUCUUGGGGAUGGGGUGACCUAUCCGACGCCCAAGCAGCCGUACUAUCCGGCGUUGUUGUUCCAGCGUUAG